UCACUUCGCGAGUGGCCGUCGUCACAGGCCGGAAGGAACCAGUCGGUUUCACCAAGACUCUCACGAUUUUAGCGUUUCGUUUUAUUCGCUGUUGCAAGGCUUAUACUCGCUUUUCAAACCAUUGGUGUUGUUUAUUUAAAACCAACGUCAAGAAGGGAUACCUGUCUAUCACCUACGACCAUGGUUGGGGCAUUUAGGAGUGAAUUACGAACUUAAAAACGGAUGCUGUGAACUACCGCUAAAACACCAAUUACAUGGAUGUAUUAUUUUUCGCUAUUUUUGAUUGUUUAUUUUGGUCCGGUGUGAAAGUAUGGAAAGUUUAUGCAGAACUCUGCUAAAGGAACACACAACUUUGGAAUUAAAGUUUAGCAAUCUUGGGCUUCAACAUUCAAGACUGUCGACUAGCCCAAAGCAUUUGAGUAGAGAUCUAUGCGUGGUUUUUGUUGAGUAACCAAAAUAUUCAUGUCGAAUUCACAGACAUUUGUACCUCUGAGGGUAUUCCCGGGGCAUAUAGUCCCUGGCUUGCAAUCAGUCGAACUGAAAGUCCCUGAAUUUGUUACGACGCGAAAGGUGUUAAAAUUGGUAUUGGUUGAACUGGAAAUUCAAGAACCACCAGAGAAAUAUGAGUUGGUUGAAGUGUGUGUGCACGACGAUGAGUCUGCACACGGUCCAGCUUCACAACAAGACGAGGAUUCCGAUGAAGAUGAGAGAGUUUAUCAAGUUCAGACCACAGAACGUGUGUUGUCCUUCAGUGACAAUCCAGUGAAGGUCACACAAUCCUGGCGUAGAAUGGGCAGUAUUGGCAACACAUUUCGUUUGUUUCUACGUGAAAGACAAAUGGGAAAAAGCUCGAAUCGUUUAACAUACAGUUGGAUGGACUGCCAUGAAUCUGUACGUACUCGAAUGGGAGGCCUCCAAUUUGACGCUUAUUCCAAUGUUGAUGAUGAUGAUUUAUGUCGUUUGCCUGAUCUUAACGAGCAAACGUUAUUAGAGAAAUUAUUCCAGCGUUUCGAACGAGGAAAAAUUUACACAUACGUUGGGGAAAUACUUAUUGCAGUCAAUCCUUACAAGUUCUUUCCGAUUUACAAUCCGAAAUAUAUUAACGCUUAUCAGAAUAAAAGACUUGGGGAUCUACAACCGCAUAUAUUUGCCAUUGCAGACGAGGCAUUUCAAAAUAUGUUGAAGGAACGUAAAGAUCAAUGUGUGGUUAUCUCUGGAGAAAGUGGAAGCGGAAAGACUGAGAGUACAAAAUUACUUUUGCAUCAUUUGACUGCUCUAAGUCACAAAGCAGGAUUUGAGAAUACCUCUGUGGAAAAGACUAUUUUAGGUGCAGGCCCUGUGUUAGAGGCUUUUGGAAAUGCAAAAACUGCCAGCAACAAUAAUUCCAGUAGAUUUGGUAAAUUUACUGAAGUGAAAUUCAGGGAAGAUGGAACAGUUUCAGGAGCAAUUUUAAGAAAAUAUCUUCUUGAGAAGUCAAGAAUUGUAGCUCAAGCGCUUGGAGAAAGAAAUUACCAUGUGUUUUAUUAUCUUUUGGCUGGAGCCAAUGAAGUUGAAGCACAGGAAUUUCAUUUGGAGAAACCAGAAGAUUAUUCUUAUUUGAAUAAGACAAAUUGUUUUGACCUGGAUGGAGUGGACGAAGCCUACGAGUUUCUGAGGCUGAAAAAAGCCAUGGACAUGGUUGGAUUUUCUAGCGACAUACAAAGAAAAAUAUUCAGAGUGUUGUCUGCGGUUUUAUGGAUGGGAAAUGUUGAAUUUGUUAAGAAACACAGUUACGAUGACGUCGUGACGUUGAAAGACAAAGACGGUGGAGAUGGAGUUGUUAGCAUCAUUUCAAAUCUUCUCAUGCUGAAGAAAGAAAAGUUUAUCUCAGUCCUAACUUCAAGGAAAAAGAAAACAAGAACGGAGCAGAUUGUUAUGUCGUAUAAACUAGAAGAAGCUGUUGACACGAGAGAUGCUCUGGCUAAAGCGUUGUAUGGUGCUUUAUUUGACUGGAUUGUCCUCCAGGUCAACCACACGUUGGCGAUGCGACAUGCAGAGAAAAAGGAAAUGAAGGGUAACUCAAUCGGUGUCCUGGAUAUCUUUGGUUUCGAAGUAUUCGAACAGAAUGGUUUCGAACAAUUCUGUAUCAAUUACGCCAAUGAGAAGCUUCAGUUCUAUUUCAAUCAUCAUAUUUUCCGCAUGGAACAGGAUGAUUACAAAGCGGAAGGUAUAUGUUGGUCAGACGUCAACUAUAUUGAUAAUUCCUCGUGUCUUGAACUGAUUCAUGGCAAACCAACUGGUCUCUUUCAAUUACUGGAUGAAGAAUCAGGUCUGUCAGGAAACGUCGCAAGCGACACGACGUUACUGGCGAAGUUCCAACGUCACCACCUCUCACACAGUUGUUUUGAGACCAGUUUAAUCGAGCCCAGUACCUUCACCAUCACGCAUUAUGCUGGAAAAGUUAACUAUGAUAUCAAGGAUUUCCGAGCAAAAAAUAAAGACUUAAUGAGGCCUGAAAUCGUCAGCAUUCUCAAGAACAGCCAAAUGAGGUUUAUUCGGGAACUACUAGGGGCUGAUCCAAUGGCAAUCUAUCGCUGGGCAAUUGUUAGAAAUUACUUUCGAGCAGUUGCGGCUUUUCAGAAGUAUGGAAAGAAGUACAGACAAGAUAACCAAGAUAGAAAAGUCAAACAACAAGUUCGUAAAGAGCCGCCAAAGAUUGUAGCUGAAACGACCGUGAUUGAUGAACAAUACAUGGACAACAAGGCCAAAAUGAUACGGAAAGCGUCAAAGAUGGUGAGGAAACGAAUGAAGAGCGUCUCCUCACCUGAUCAGGAUAUCGAGCGAAUACGAAAAGGUCUGGAGACUAAGAAAGAUAUGUCGAUCAAGACAUUUGAUUAUCUGUACCGAGGAACAGCAAAAAGAAAAGCAAGUCUGAAGAAUCCACCCACCGUCACAGCACAGUUUCAGCUUUCAUUAAACAGACUCAUGGAAAUUCUGGACGAAUCCAAUCCAUUCUUUGUUCGUUGCAUCAGAUCUAAUGGCGAAAAGGCUGCGCUGGAGUUCACGAAGGAUCUUGUCCUCAGUCAGCUGCGUUAUACAGGAAUGCUGGAAACGAUAAGGAUACGAAAGCUUGGUUAUCAUAUUCGCUUCUCCUAUCAAGACUUCCACACGCAUUUUGGCCUGUUGUUACCGCGACAGAUGAAAUGGGAUGAACUCAAGGAUAAUUUAACGGAUAUAUUCAGAAAGUUUGGUUUCCAAGCUGACCAGUUCAGCUUAGGAAAAACAAAGGUGUUUCUCCGCGAAGCUGCCUAUCAUGUCCUACGGAAGAAGAUUGAUGAUGAGUUUUUACGUCGUGUCUCGGUGCUACAAGGAUGGUUUCGAGCUCUGCAUUAUAGAAAAGAGUUCUUGCAGAAACGCACAGCUGCCAGCGUAUUCCAGAAAAGAUAUCGAGAAAGAAUGGAAAUUCGCAAUAAAGCAGCCGUUAAGAUUCAAGCUGCUUGGAGGAUGUAUGUGGCACUUCGUGAACAUCGUAGAGUAAAGAAGGAUAAAGAGGGAUCACAUCAAUCCCGGUUUAGUAGAUCAAAAUCACCUAGUACCACUCCCAAGCGGCCGACUGUGUUGAAACUUGCUCUGGACAAUAGUCAAACAAAACCAUUGAAAUCUCCCAGAAAGAUGGAGCGUUUGCGGAAAACUCUUUCGCUGCAGAUAUCUCGGCAUCCGUCGCCGAGAGACUUGUCGAUGAUUGACGACCAACGUCCGAAGUCUUUGUCGCUCUCUCCGAGAAGCCCGUCCGAUAGAAAUAGAGGACUUGGCAGUGUUCAGGAGCUCGAUAAUGGGGAACAGUCUGAUUCAAAGAAGCGAACUUCUCAAUCAUCCUCGGAUCUAACCAGCGAAAUAUGCCGACAUUUCCCAGAACUUAGUGACGAGAUUAGAUACGCAACUGUCCCACGUUCUCAGAAAGAUGAGGACGUAACUCCACAAUCUCCUCCGCGAUCUCCAGAGCGAAAAGUCGAGGCUACGACCCCUGAAGAGGAGUCUGAGAGCGAACAAAGGCCUUCGGUGGUGAACGGUGAGGAUAAUGCUGCUGAACCUGACGAAGACAGUGAAAAGAGUCCAGUUUUUGAAAACGACGGAGCAGCGGCGUCGAAUGAUCGGCAGGUUGUCGUCACUACGAGACUUACCCGAAGACGUGCCGGGUCUUUAAAGAGUAUUCGUAAACGCCUGUCUGUUCAGCGUCGUAGUACAAUCGGCCUCGGAGAUAACCGAAACUUCUCCGAUGAUUCUGAAGAUCUACAGAACGAGACUAAGGAAAAAGAGGAUGAACAAGAGAGGGAGAAGGAUACCAAGGGAUCAACUGGUAAAUUGAAUAAAAAACGAGCGCCAUUUUUCAAACGGAAACCAAAGGAGAAAGCAGGACGUCGGAUAUCAGAACCAGCAGCUCCUAGCGAGAAAUGGGACCAUAAACCAGUGAAGAGACAUAGCGAAGACAGACUGUUACAUGGGGACAGACAAGGCUUUGAUUUAGAAAUCGAGUCUCCAAGAGGGGCCCGUCAAUUGAAAGGAGACACAAGCGUUGUUCUUGAAGGAAGUGACGGCUUGGAGGAAAUUGAUAAGUUUCUCGCGGAUAAGAUUCACGAAUUCAACAAAGAGACGGUUGUUGAUAAAGUUUUCAAAAAAGCUGUUCAAGAAUUUCACUCAAGUUUAAUAUCAACGUAUUCCGUAAUGAUGAAGCAAAAUGAUUCGUCGUCGAUAACAUCAGAAGAUUUAAUCCGUAAUUUCGAAAACAUUCUGAUAAAUAUUAUCAAAGUCGAUAAAAUCCAUGCCAACUUCCCCGUUGCUAUGGGAAUCAAUGCAUUUGAAGGUUGGCUUAACGAAUUCAAAUCCUCAAGGUCUCAGUCUGGUCCUAAAGUAGCCAAGAGCAAACGAAAGCCGAUAACAAAACACAAGAAGAAGAAACAAGAGAUUAUUGAAUAUGGCGACCAUAGUUACGCUUUAACAACCUUUAAUAUCUACACAUUCUGUGAACACUGUAACAGUAUGCUUUGGAUUCUUGAAAAGGGUCUUGUUUGCCAAGAGUGUAAAUUUACUUGUCAUAAAAGAUGUUACAAAAAGAGUAAGAAGCAAUGUAAGGCAAAAUCUGUGCGGAAAAAGAGCAUUGCCAAUGCUUCCUUGUUUGGAAAUGAUCUUUGUUUGUUAGUUAGUGAUGAUAUCCAAAUUCCUGUCGUAGUAGUUAGACUAAUCAAUGAAAUAGAAAACAAAGGUUUAUUUCAAGAAGGCAUUUAUCGAAAAUCGCCAAGUGCUGUAAAAGUUAAACAACUGAAAAAUGCAUUUUCAAGCAUAAAAGAUGUAAAUCAAGUUGACCUGGGCAUGUACGCGAUACACGUUUUUGCUGGUGUUUAAAGUUGUUCUUUCGUACAUUACAAGUCCUCUCAUCACGGAGGAAGUCUACGACGAGUUUCUGCGGGCAUGCGAUUUAAGCGACAGUGAAUCUCGGCUGCAAAGGUUUCACACGCUGGUCGACACAUUACCAAAACCUAAUCAAGAUACGUUGGAAAGAUUGGUG